AUGUCUUCUGCUCCAAAACUGUUCAGAGUCAUAGGAGGCGCCCAGAACUACGACUGGGGCAAGCUCGGCUCCACGUCUGCGGUCGCGCGGUUCGCCAAGCUCAACGACCCGGAAAACGUCUCCAUCGACGAGGAAAAACCCUACGCCGAGCUCUGGAUGGGCACUCACCCCUCUGUUCCCACCGUUUCUGCUCAGGACAGAACUCCGCUGAGGGACCUUGUGCGUGCUGCGCCAGAAGAGAUGCUUGGCCAAGACAUUAUCAACAAAUUCGGCUCCAGAGAGGGCAUUCCCUUCCUGUUUAAGGUGCUUUCGAUCCGCAAGGUGCUCUCUAUCCAGGCCCAUCCAGACAAGGCGCUGGCCAGACAGCUGCACGCGUCCGACCCGAGACACUACCCAGACGACAACCACAAGCCGGAGAUGGCCGUUGCGAUCACGGAUUUCGAGGCGUUCUGUGGAUUCAAGCCGCUUGCAGAGAUAGAUGCACUGCUGCAAAAAACCCCAGAAUUCAGAGAGCUCGUUGGCGACGACGUGGUUGCCGAGUUCCACUCCGGAAUCGGCUCUGCCGACGCUGCUGGGAAAAAGAAGCUGCUCCAAAAAGUGUUCAGCCGCGUCAUGAACAGCCCGGAGUCCAAGUUCGAGCCUCUGGCGGCCAGGCUUGUGGAGAGAACAAAGUCGGACCCACAGCUCUUCGGCGAGACCCUUGCCGACCUCAUACAGCGUCUGGACGCGCAGUUCCCUAACGACAUCGGCCUGUUCUGCGGCUGUCUGCUGCUCAACCACUGCAUUCUGAAGUCGGGCGAGGCCAUGUUCCUGGAAGCCAAGGACCCUCACGCCUACAUUUCCGGCGAUAUCAUGGAGUGCAUGGCUGCUUCCGACAACGUGAUCCGUGCCGGGUUCACGCCAAAGUUCAAGGACGUGGAAGUUCUUGUCGACUGCCUAACUUAUUCGUUCAAUCCUGUUGAAGAGCAGAAACUGAAGCCUACGCCGUUCCCUAGAGGAGCCGGCGUUGCGGAACUGAAGCUGUACGACCCGCCAAUUGACGAGUUCAGUGUCUUGCAGACCACGUUCACGAGCGCCGGGUCCGAGACGUUCGACGGUCUGGACGGCCCUUCGCUGCUGAUCGUCACCGAAGGCAAGGGAAAGGUCAAGCUGCAAGGCUCCAGCGAGGCUCUGGACGCGUCGACCGGAAACAUCUUUUUUGUGGCUCCAAAGGCUGCCAUCGAGCUUGUUUCCGAGUCCAAGGACACUUUCACCUCGUACCGUGCAUUCUGCGAGGCCUAA